AUGUCGCCACACGCUGUUACGUACCAACUUCCGCGCAUCAAGCUCACAGCCGAACUAAAAGAGUUCGCCGUAACGAGCAACGCUUUCCUCCCCGAGCACAGCCCUCUGAAACAAUUACCUGAUUCUUACUAUGAGCCUUGGGAGCUUGUUAUUCAGCAUCUUCCUGCUCUAAUCAAGUACUUUGAUAUAAGACGCGCUGUUGAUACACUUCCUGUUCUGUCGACGGAGAGAUUGAGGUCUGAGGCGGAGUGGAGGAGGGCGUAUUCCAUCUUGGCUUUCUUGACGCAUGCUUAUGUUUGGGGUGGAGAGAAGCCUGCACAGUGUCAGAUUCUGCCCCCGCAAAUCACCGUCCCUUUCCUCGCCGUCUCAAAACAUCUCGAACUCCCUCCCGUUCUCUCAUACGCCGCUGCAAACCUAUGGAACUUUUCCUGUUCAGGCGACGAUUUCACUGAUCUUGACCAACUUGAUACCCUACAUACCUUUACCGGAACAGAGUCAGAAAAAUGGUUCCUCCUCAUCAGCGUAGCCAUGGAGGCCAGAGCCGGAACCAUCAUUCCCAAAAUGAUGGAAGCUCUUGAAGCUGUCAAGACAAGAGACUACGACGUUAUUAUCUCUGCUCUCGAACAACUCAAGGCUUGUAUCGAUAGUGUCGGUGUUUUACUAGAACGCAUGUACGAGAAGUGCGAUCCCAUGACGUUCUACUACAAGAUCCGACCGUUCUUGGCUGGGAGUAAAAACAUGGAAGCAGCUGGUCUACCAAAAGGUGUUUUCUACGAUGAAGGCAAUGGAAAAGGCGAAUGGCGCCAUCUCCGCGGCGGAAGUAACGGCCAAAGCUCCCUGAUUCAAUUCUUCGACGUCGUACUCGGUGUAGAGCACAUAACCAGCGGCAACAACACCGAAAAGCAAGGCGAGCGAAGCUAUCACGACAUAGUAAAGGACUACAUGCCAGGUCCUCACCGCCGGUUCCUCACACACGUUGCUCGCAAGGGCAGUAUUCGCGAACUAGCGAUGCAAACACCCAGCACGGCUGCACAAGAACGUCUGCAGAAUGCCUUUACAGCUGCUACUGAGGCGCUCACUGUAUUUAGGAACAAGCACAUUCAGAUUGUGACGCGGUACAUUAUUCUGCCGGCGAGGAGUGGCAGGAAGGAUGGACCGCAGAAUCUGGCGAGUAGUUCGUCCAAAAAGAAUGGGGAGGAUUUAACGGGGACCGGGGGCACGACGCUUGUGCCGUUUUUGAAGCAGUCGAGGGAUGAGACUAGUGAGGCUGGACGGUUGGAGUAA